AUGCCGUCUAAUCUUCCCUCGAGCUUUGCCUCGGCUGCCGCUGGCCAGAACACCAACUCUAGAGGAGGACGAACUGAUGGAAGGGGAGCUACUUCUGGAGAUUGGGCAAAAAGAGACGGUCGUUCUACUAAUGGCACUCUCACUUUCCGACGAUCAUCAACAACUCCUCUGGGGCAGCCCUCGUCGCAGCCGCCACCCUCGACAGAUCAUGCAGUUCAGCACCCCGCCACUGAGAGCCCUGUAUCUGUAUCCGCCUCGACGUACGAAGUGUCUGCUACGCGCUACACCAAGGACGAACUUCUGGAUAUGUUCCGCCCCCAAAAAUCAGGCGAGGAUGCGACUCAUUUGUUUGCCCCAGGGUGGAAUCCUGGUCAAGUUAAUGGGCAUGCUCCAAGAGGCUGGGGUAAGAGUAACGACAACCACAUCCCGCAGGAGCCUGGCGCCUGCUGGGACGAUACUGGAGACAUAACUCCAAUGGGACUGCAUGAUAUGUCGUUGGAGGAGAAGGAGACUUUUAACACAGAGAUCAAUUCGCCGCUUAAACCUCCAACCCAAAACAAAGAUACUCACCAAGGUGCUACAAACGGACGCAAGGCGUCUUUAUCCCAAGGUGCUUCCAACACUUUCGGCGUCAGUUCACCUUCGUCAGCCACGCGACCCGGUACUCGACGACGUGAGACAAUCGAAUCUAAUCCCUUCGGUGGAAGCGCUUUGGCAUCUCCCACUGCUGCUGGACGUUUCUCUCGUGAAGACCCAACGUACUGGUUUACGCGCAGCAAAACUGAUUUGAAAGAAUCCGAACCUGACGAGUCCGAUACCGACCCUGUUUCUCGUGAGGCUCCCGGAAGGCUGCCUCCGUUUGGGAACUUGAUGCGCUCCAACACGGGUGGAAUUGGAGGCGGAUCUAUGUGGCCACCUUCUAAUCAGACGACACCUGGUGCAGGCGGUUUCGGUAACUUUGCACUGGCUUCUUCACCUGCUGUUGGGGAUAAACGUGUCGGCGGUGCUGGUGCUGGUGGGAGCAGGUUGGCUCAUCUCAUCCCCAAGGACAGCUCGGAUAAUCUGAGUGGCAAGGCUGCUGAAAGCCAAAGCCCUCUCAAUCAGCAGUCCUGGCGAUCUCGUCCACGAACCGACACUGAUCCAUUUGGCGACGACACCUUGUCGGGCAGUGCGGUUCUCGGUGGUGCUCAGGAUACCGAUAUCGGCGGCAUGCCUCAGCAGAGUAACCGAGCGGGUACCCUAGGCACUCCAAUCAAGGGUUCUGCAGGCGACUUUGGCAUGGCAGGUCUAAACCUUGGGAGUCAUGGUGAUGAUGGUCCAGUUAGUCCCUCCGAGACCAAUCCCUACCGCAGUCCUCCAGCCGAGCGCCAUGGCCACGACGAUAUCGAAACCCAUGAUGAUAAACCCCACGGCGCGAACCUUCAUGACGCACCCUCAAACUUUGGCUCAAUUGGCCGCGGCUUUGGUGGUUAUGACGGAGGCGAUCGUAGCCAGACCUCUAGCGUGGGUGCCAAGGGCUAUCCUUCUUUGAAUACCCUGGCAGGUUGGCCCGCGCCCGGCGGCCCUGCGAUUGGCACUCCCGAUCGUGAGAGGCCUAACUUGGGUAGUGCAUUUGGCAAUUCUCUCUUCAGUCCUAUGGGUGAUCUCCAGUCGCCUGGUUUAUCCAAUCUUGGUAACGUAUUUGGCCCUGCCAGUGCUGGUGGUCUCGGGACAGGAAGCAUCGGCCGUGGAAGCAAGAUAAGCUCGCUCUUCCCUGCCGCGAUGCAGGCACAAAUGCAGUCUCAUGAGCAGCAGCACGACAACAACCUGGCUGAUUCUUUGCCUGACCUUCGUCAGGGUAAUCCUUUGGGUGCCAUUGGUCGAACCAACUUCGGCAUUCCAUCUCGCGAUACUGAGAGCCCAAUGCGCCCUAACCGUGGAGUUUUUGAGGAGUUGUUCCCUUCCAGUGACGCUUCUCGCGCUCAGGGUGUAUUUAGCACCGGCGAUUCUAACCAUCCAACUGCUGCAACAGCGCCUCAGUCAUUCACUCCUAUUGGCGGUGGUUUGCCCUUUGGUGGCCAAGGUGGUACCGAACCUCCUGCUACCCAAGUUCGUCAGAUGGUCAUGCCUGACCGCAUGAGGUGGGUGUAUCUUGAUCCUCAGGGACAGGUCCAGGGGCCCUUCACUGGCCUCGAGAUGAACGACUGGUACAAAGCCAACUUCUUCACCCCCGAUCUUCGAGUGAAGAAGUUGGAGGAUUCCGAUUUUGAGCCUCUGGGCCAACUCAUCAGGCGCAUAGGGAACUCCCGUGAACCAUUCCUUGUUCCUCAGAUUGGUAUCCCUCACGGACCUCCAUCCCAGGCCGGCCCUUUCUCUCCCCAGGGAAAUAGUGGUGUAGUUCCUCCUUUGAGUGGUGUGUUCCCUAGUUUUGGCCGAACCCUCACUGCUGAAGAACAGAACAACCUAGAGAGGCGCAAGCAAGAAGAACAAUACCUCAUGGUGCAACAGCGCGAGUAUGUCAUGCGCGCUCAAGCCAUGUCCAAAUUCCCUAUUCCAGGCCCAAUGCUGCAACACCACUCAAGUGCUCAUAGCCUCCAGAGUCAGCCAAGCUUUGGAAGCAUUUCGUCUCCCAACCCUAUCGGAAUGCCUCACCAGCAACCCAUUGGUGCCAUGCCCCCGUCGGGUGCUUUCUUCGAUGGAGCUGGGCCAGUUGGCAGUCAGACUUCCGCCCCUUCUGGUUCGGGAAACGGGGAUCCCUUCAGGGAUGAUGACCUAACAAGCUACGCAAACUCUGAGCGUCAAAUUCUUGCCAGCCUUCAGGGUUCUGGCGCUCCUCAGCCGAUCAGGGCCCCUGGUGCCGAUGCUGGUGCGCGUGCUGGCCUUCCCGAUACCCAAGACCUCGAACAGGAUGACGAAGGUUUCAAGGAGCGUCUACAGGAAUUUGAGAACUACCAAGCCCAGCUUGAGGCUGAACAGGCCGCCAAGGCCGCUGAGGGCAGCGAGGAAGAGCCCGCUGAAGAAUCCUCUCCUACUUCUGAGGCUGUUCCCGAGGAAACUCGUCGACCUGCAGAGGUCCCAGUCUUGACUGGUAAGGCCGCACGAGCGGCAAGGAAGAAGGCGGCCGAGGACGCCCUAUCUCUUACGCAGCAGGUUCAGCAGACUCAGGCUGCCGCUGCCGCCGCUGCCGCCGCCGCCGCUCAACCUGUUGAGCCUGAUAUGCCUAUGCCUUUCCCUCCUCCUGCGUCCACUGGCACACCCCUCCCUGCCCCGACCGCUCAACGCGCUCGUUCCAAUCUGCCCGAACAAUACAACCGCUCUCAGACAGGAACCCCUGACAGUGUAGCCAACGCCCAGCCACCACCCCUGGCUCCUUGGGCUAAGGACCACGGCGCUGAGUCACACAAGGGCCCUAGCCUGAAGGAGAUCCAAGAAGCCGAAGCGCGUAAGGCUGCCAAGGCCGAGGAGGCUGCUGCUGCCCAGAGGAAGGCUGUGCUUGAGCAGGAGGCUGUUGCUCUUCGUGAACGUGAGAAGACUGCUGCCGUUACCAAUGCUGGCCUACCUGCUACCAGUACCUGGGGACACGGCUCACCUGCCCCUUCGGCUAGCCCUUGGUCCAAGCCUGGGCCUUCUAAGACUGCGGCGGUUACUACCCCUUCAGCUUCGACUUCAAGCAAGAAGACCCUCGCCGAGAUCCAGCGUGAGGAGGAGCUCCGUAAGCAGAAGGCUAUUCAAGCGAGCCCCCAGUCCGUUACCCCUACUGCUAGCGUUUCCAAGAGCUAUGCCAACCUUGCUGGCAAACCUGGCCAGUCCACUCUCACUAAUGCUGCAUCUGCGGCUGCGGCUGCUGCGGCUAUGGUUCCGCCUCCUGGGAGCGGUUGGGCCACUGUUGGUGCUGGUGGCAAGGUCAAGGUCCCCACUGGCCCAUCAUCUCAGGCCCGAUCCGUCAGCGCCACAAACAUCAAGCCCAUCACCUCGCCAGUGAAGUCUGUCUCGAAGCCUGCAGCUUUGGGCAACGGAAAGACUGAGGCUGACAAUGCCGCUAUGGAGGAGUUCAACAAAUGGGUCGCCCGUGAGAUUUCCCGUGGUAUCAACACGGUUGAUACUGCCUCCUUCCAAAUUGCGCUGGAUAACAUGCCUCUUGACACAAGUAUAAUUGCUGAUGCUAUCUAUUCCAUCUCCAAUACCAUGGACGGUCGCCAUUUCGCCGAGGAAUUUAUCCGUCGAAAAGGUCUUGCUGAGCGUGGUGUCGUUGAGAAGCAACCCGAAAGUAAGGGAGGAAGCGGCGGCGGUUGGAGCGAAGUUGCCAAGAAGGGAAGCUCAAGCAACGCCGCCGCUGCGGCUGCCACCAGCCCUCGUGAGGAUAGUAUCUUGCCGUUUAAGGUUGUCCCAAGCCGAAAGAAGAGCAAGAAAUAG